CGCGUUACAGCACACAGCAGCGAAACACCGACUACUCAACAGAAAAAACAUGGCCUCUGCGGCGCUCUUCUUCGUCCUCCUCGCCAUGGCCACCAUGCAGCCGCAGACCGCAUCAUCCGAGAAGGAGACGCACCUCAAGGUGUACUGGCACGACGUGGUGAGCGGACCGGACCCGACGGCGGUGCGGGUGGCGCGCGGGGCGGCGACUAACACCUCCAAGACAGCCUUCGGCCUCGUGACCGUCAUCGACGACCCGCUCACCGAAGGCCCCGGCCUCAACUCGUCCAGGCUCAUGGGCCGCGCCCAGGGCACCUACAUCGCCGCUGGCAAGGACCAGCUCGCCAUGCUCAUGAACAUGAACUUCGUCUUCACCACCGGCAAGUACAACGGCAGCAGCAUCGCCAUUAUGGGUCAUAACGCCGUGUUCACCAAGGUCCGUGAGAUGGCUGUCAUCGGCGGUACAGGCGUUUUCAGGUGGGCCCGCGGGUAUGCGCAGGCCAGGACGCACACCUUGGACCUCAAGACCGGUGACGCCACCGUCGAGUACAACGUAUUCAUCAGGCUCUAGUCUCCGAUCGGGGUCAGAUUUUACGAGGACUUUUGUAUACUCAUGCUACAAGAAUAAAUUUACUUAUAUGCGUUACUUCCGGAAAACUUUUCUCGUGAUUCGUGUGGUGUCCCGGACUUAAUAAAUCUGGGCCCUAAACGUCGGCCGAUGUUGUCCGAUCCGGACGUGUCUAUUUAAAGCCUCUAUUUGUUGGUCGAUGCAAUUAUACUCCUCAUU